AUGACAAUAAGGCAAAAAAGCUCCAAUCUUCAAAUACUAGUAGCUCUGUUGGUCUUAUCAUGUACCCUUCAAGCUACAUUUGGUCAAAAUGUCCAUCUCCUGACAACAGAAAACUUUCUUAGCGUCACGGAAGGCAAGAACAUCUUCCUCAAGUUUUAUGCACCCUGGUGUUCCAAAUGCAGAGCCAUGGCCGACGAUUGGGAACGUUUGGGAAAUGAUUUCAAGGACCAUGAACAUACCAUUGUGGGUGAAGUCGAUUGUACCUCGGACACUGGCAAACUUUUAUGCGAAGAAUACGAAGUUCAAACCUUCCCGACAUUGAUUUAUGGAGAUCCCAUGAAUGCCGAUACUUACGACGGAGACAAGGAUUAUGAUAGCAUGUCAGCUUUUGCCCAACAAAAACUCUCCAAACCUAUUUGUUCCGUCUCCAAUCAAGAUCACUGUACCAAGGAGGAACUAAAAGUCAUUCAAUCGUUACUAGAAAUGUCAAAGGAAGACUUGGAAGAAGUCAUGACCACAGUGGAGGACCAAGUGAAAGCUGCGGAAGAUGACUUUGACGAACAGGUGGCCAAAAUUCAACAAGCCUACGACGCAUUGGUACUAAAAUUCAAUGACAAACUCGAUAGUCUGAAGGAUGCGUACAACUACCGUUAUAUGGAACAGGUACUAAUGAUUCAUCAUGAAAGCGAAGAGGUAGAGGAGGAAUUGUAG